AUGGAACCCAAACCUCAGAAGAGUCCAGGCAAACAAUUUACAUUUUAUUAUGAAAAUGAAGUCUGCAAACAAGAUUACUUUAUUAAAUCACCACCUCCUCAGCUUUUCUUCUCUGUGGGCUCUUGGAAAAAGCGGUUUUUUAUCCUAUCAAAGAAUGGGGAGAAAGGAUUUAGUCUUUCCUAUUACAAAGAUCAUCAUCAGAGAGGUUCAAUUGAAAUCAAUAGAUACUCCAGUGUGGAAAUUGGCAUAAGCAGCCAGGAAAAGAUGCAAUCUGUGCAGAGGAUGUUUAGAUGCCACCCUGAGGAGGUGAUGUCCAUCAGAACUGCCAACAGGGAGUACUUCCUCAUUAGCCAUGACAGGGAGAAGAUUAAAGACUGGGUCUCCCUCAUGUCAUCAUUUUGCCAGGAUAGAAAAGCACCACAUCGGAAUACAGAGGAGAAAUUGUCACCGGAUGAUAGAAGAUGUACUUCAAACCCCAUCCUUCUCCUUGGCUCUUCCAGCAUAUUGAAGGAUUCCACCUCACCAAGAAACAGCCUUCCCAACAUGCAUCUGAUGGAAAAAAGUUCUCCAGGAUUCAGGCAAGCGCAUCCACCCCAUGAUGUCCUGCCAGAUACGGCUCAAGAUUCAGAGGAAGCGGGUCAUUAUCUCAGUCCCCGAAGUAUUCUUUUAGAGUUGGAUAAUAUCAUUGCUCCCAAUGAUUCUGAUGAACCCAUUGAACCUGGUAGUCCAGACCAGGUCUCCAAGAGAACUGAGUGUCACUACAUAUCAAUGAAAGCUUGUUUUUUCAAAGAGACAUCUCUGGAGUCUGCUGAUGGCAAAGAGGAAACCCAGGCCCUUCCAGAGUCCCAGGAUAAAGAGCUUCUUCACCUGCAAGAACAAGGCUCAGAAAGGGACUCGUGUCUUUCACCUGUUGUUACAGAAGCACGGACCACAAAUGACAGAAAGGAGUCAGCCUCACUAACUCUUGUGCAGUUGUCCAUACUAAUCAAUAACAUCCCUGAUGAAAGCGAAGUGGAGAGACUGAACGUGUUCCUUUCUCCUCCCGACAUCAUCAACUAUCUCGCUCUCACAGAAGCGGCAGGACGGAUAUGCGUGUCACGGUGGGAAGGCCCCCCACGGCUGGGAUGCCUAUUUUGCCAUGGCGAUCAUCUUUUGGCAGUGAAUGACCUGAAGCCCCAGAGCCUGGAGGAAGCCUCCCUGUUUUUGACCCGGUCCAUCCAGAAGGAGAAAGUAAAACUCACCAUUGGCCGGAUCCCAAAUUCGGAGAGAUUCCAUGCUACUGCUUGUACAUGCCCCUUAACGUACCACAAUGUUGCACCUUUACAACUGGAUGAGUCUGGACUGGCAUUACAGAGGGCACCAAAGAGGAGUCCAGCCAUUAAAAAAGGCCAGAAGAAAGAAAUUGGAGAGUAACUCGCCAUGGACUCACUGCGGAGGACUGAGGAUGGAGUGCUGGACUCUGUCGGGCUCUGCGCCCACUGCCCCAGGACAUGGGACAUGCCAGCACACUUCUCUGAAUUUCCACAUCUGAAUCUUAACAGAGUCACUCUCCCUGUC